GCUGUGACUCUGCAAUUAACCUGACAUUGCCCAAAUCCCAAAGUGCUGUGAAUGAUGUCUUCUUGGCUCUACGGGAGAUUGCUGGAGCUAGGAAUCUCAUGAGACAGUUUAAGUCUGUAUAUGUUCCUGGAAAUAAUACCCAUCAGGCGUCCUACAAGCCACUGCUGAAGCAGGUUGUGGAAGAAGCAUUUAGUCCUGAGAAGCCAGAUCCCACUGACAUUGAACACAUGUCUUCAGGCCUCACUGAUCUCCUUAAAACUGGAUUCAGCAUGUUCAUGAAGGUGAGCCGGCCCCAUCCCAGUGACCAUCCCCUCUUGAUCCUCUUUGUGGUGGGCGGCGUCACAGUCCGCUGAAGCCA